AUGCUUGUUCCUCCAUCCUCUACAAAAGCGAGUCCAAAAAGUGCAAAAGAAAAAAAGGCAUCCGAAGAACGUAUUGUCGUUAUCGCUGCAAUAAUUCUGUUUUUUACGCUUCUCUGGGUCUGUGCUCCAACCCCUUAUGAAUUCAACGCUACCCGAGUCUCUGCUGCCAAAAGACAACUCAUCCAAGACGCUCAACUGGACCUCGCACUGAAUGACAUUCUGGAAUACAACGUGGCAAGAAGACAAAUGAGAAGAACGAAUACUGUGGACAUUCCAGAACCUCUUUGGAAUGAAUGGGUCCCUGACCCGUCCAGAUUCGAAAACGUGGAACAAGUGCUUCAGAUGACUGGAACGAACGGAACAGUGAUAGAAGAGUUAUUCUACUUGGCUACUCCUCAAAUCAUCGACAUUCAACAGAACGGGCAAUUGAAAAUAAAGUGGAACUCUAAAUUGAUGAUUUAUUUUUUAACAGUUCCAAUCGGGGAGUGCUGGAUGUACGGAAGAUGCCACAAACAUCAUUAUUUUGUUAGAAACGGCAAUCUGUAUGUUCACAGUGUUUUCGAUUGGAAUCAGCAGACGCUGGAAAUGACUCGAGUUUAUUACGUCCCGGCGAAGAACUUGUUGGACCACUUUUUCAAUGGAUAUCAUUAA